AUGAAGGAGGUGGACCUGCCCAGCCUAGGGAUUUCCGGCACCCGCUUACGUCGGGGCGUUACGGGCAGCAUACUGGUGUCCAUUCCUGGAAGGGACUCCGGUAGUAAGGCGGAGGCUUUGUUGGGCGAGCUUGGCAGACUGUUCCCGCCCGACAGUGGUGUGAAGGUGGGCCGCCCCUCUCGUAUGGAGGAGGUACGAGUUCGGGGAAUUCUGGCCUACAUGCGGAGGGAUGAAGUUUUGACCUCUGUGGCGGCGUCAGGUAAGUGUGGCGUCGCUGAUUUGAAAGCUGGGGAGAUUCGUAUAUCUCCAAAAUCCAAAGUUGGAUCUCUUUGGAUCCGUUGUCCUGCCGCGGCUGCGCGCAGGCUCGGAGUGUUGGGUAGCAUUGAUAUGCAGUGGACGAAGCUGAGGGUUAUUCCGUUGGCUCGUCGGCCCAUACAGUGCUACAGGUGCCAUGCUUUUGGACACUCGUCCAAUAGGUGUGGCUCCGAGGUUGUGCGCAGCAAUUGCUGUUUUAGGUGUGGAAGAGAGGGACAUCAGGCGGCUAAAUGUGAGGCGCCACCCCGCUGUGUGCCCUGCAGCAUCAGCGGGAAGCCGGCGAAUCAUCGCGCAGGUUCAAGCGCUUGUGCGAAGAAAUGUGUGCCUCCUCGCAAUUGGUUGGUGACAGGGAGUCUGUUCCCUCUGGGCGCAGGCAGACUCCAGGGCGCCCUGACGGGGGGACUGAGUUAA